AUGCAAUGCAAAUCCCUCAUAGCUGCGCUCCUUGCUUUGACUAUUGCGUUUGCAUCCGCGGCACCUAUACCUGACGUCCCUGGUGGAGUCGAUGAGGAUGUAGAGCCGGAUGUGGGACAAACGUUACUACAUGUUAUUGACUUGUCGAUGCGCCCCACUCACGACACAUCGAACUCCUCACUUCCCCCCAAAAUGUCCUGCCCGAUAAGGAAUACUGUGUUCCCUUUGAACAUGAUUAUCCCUGCCUCGCUCAUUCGAUUAGCGCCCGCUGCUCCCGUUCGUCUGUCUGUAACCUGA